GCCCUGUCAGAGCACAAGGCAGGCUGAGGGGAAGGCACGGAGAGGACUGAGAGGAUGGGGAACACUCUGCUGAGGGAAAACAGGUGGCAGCAGAACACUCAAGAGAUACCCUGGAAUCUGAAAAAUCAAAACUUCAAACGAAGAACAUCCAGAUGGUGGGAUUGCCACAUCACUGAAGGGUAUUUCUGCCUUCCAUGGAAAAAAAUACACAAUUUUAAAGCCAAGCAAGAUUCCCCAAAGGAAAAUGAAGGAACAUCAUCUGUCACCAACCAGCAGGACAAUGCUGACCAGAACUCAGCAGAGGAGUUGUGCUAUACCCUCAUCAAUCACAACAUCCUCAUGAGAAGGCCAUCAGGGACCUCUGCCGAAGGCCAUUAUGAGAAUGUUCCCCACCAGGCUGAGAGGCCCAGAAAGUUGUUGGGAAGAACUGAGACCGAGUACUCGCUUCUUCAUGUGCCUUCCACUCCUAGACAUCCACCUUUCCCAGAAGAUGAAUAUGAAUUUCUCAUGCCAAGGAGCAUCUCCUCUCACACAUUGCAACCUCCACACCUACUUAUGCUCCCUUCUGAGGCUCAUAUUUUUCAUUUAUAAUGAAGUGG